AUGCAGACCGCCAUCCAACAUGACAACCUGUCAUGCUCCACCACCACCACGGUCGCGUCUUCUUCAGCCCCCUCGCGUUCCAUAAACAGCCUCAGCCUCAGGCGCACAGACCGCAGGUCAUCCCCAGUCCCACCCACCCGUUUCGCCACCAGCCCUGCCCAGUCUGCCUCGGUCGCCACCAGCGUAGUCACCGCUGUCGGCUCAUUUCACCCGGUCCACGGCGACGACGACAGCCAUGACCGUGCCGGCUCGAUGCGUUCUGUGGCGGUUCCUCAAAUGACGGCUCUGCAGACUCCGCCCGCGUCGCCCGAGGACGACAGCAGCGAGUUUUCGUCUUCCGCGUCAAGUUCGUCGCCGGUUACCCCCGUCGUCCGCAUCGACUUGUCCACCCUCCCUCUUCUCAGAAGGCAGCGCAGGGGUACCACCACUUCCACUACCUCGGCGCGCCGUAAGCGUGCUGCCAAAGCCGCCGCUCAGAUGCAGCACCCUCCCCCCGCUCCGCCUUCGACGAAAAUCUCCACACCGCCACUCAGCCCGAAGCUUGUUCCGACUACCACACAGCAGCGUAAACAAAAAGCGCCGGUGCUCGGUAUCGUGGCCAUGACCGACGUUCAGGCAACCUGGGUCACUCGCGGUGGCUGCUGCAAGCCCCCCAUCAUGUCGUGUCAAAGGGUCGCCACCGGUGACAGCGUCUACUGCGUGUUUCACUCAUGCAUCGGCAUGAACCUGGACAUGAACAUGUGCCGAGGACUCGUCACAAACCCCGAGAUCUCACGGUUCUGCAAAGGCGGUGUCCACUCUGAAAUCCCAGAGGGAAAGAAAGAGCUUCAGGAUGGAAGGGUGUACUGGGACGGUAUCCAGGCCCAAGCCAAGACCGAGGAGAAGCGCAAACUCGACGUCACGGUCGACCACUUCAACCAGCAGUUUGGCGAGAUACUCCAAGUCAGCCUUCCAGCCCCCAUGUCAGACGCACCCCCAGUCACUGCAACCACCGCACGCGAGACCACGGGACGGACAGCGCCAAGGCCAAACCUCGGUCGCACACGGUCCGAGCCCGUGUGGGGAUCCACGGCAGUCGACAAGUGGUGGGAAGGCGACUGGUGCCACCACGUUCCCAUGCCCGGCGAGCUCAGGCAGUGGGCCGACGACUAUGAGAGCUCCCAAAGUUCGCGAUACGGCGGCUCCAGCUGUGGCGCUCCCUCCGGCCCGCCGACGAUCAGUGGAUACGGCGACGGCUCAUUUUACGACUAUCGCGCCGCCAGCACCAGUCAAUCUGCCUCCUUUCUCCACUUCCGUGGCGCCACCCAGUAG